AUGCUUUUCAAGAAGGGCGAGGCUUCAAAUCCACAACCUAUCUCUGUGGCAACUGAUCUUGAUGGGAUCAACAUUAUUUCGAAUGAAGAGGCAGAAGAAGUAGAUUCGGAUGAGUUUGAAGCACUCCGAUAUACCAUGGACAACAAUUCAACUAAGAUAAGAGAUGAAGAACAGGAUGAAGAAGAAGAGCUUGAAGAAAUUGAAUCAGAAGAAGACGAGCAAGAUGAAGAGGAUCAUGAUUUUAGUGAUAAGUUGUUAGGAAUUGAAUCAUCUCAUGUUGGGGAAGACAAACAAAGAACUUCUUCAAAUUCUUUGCUGAGAGCACCUGACCUUCACACAGAGGUUGAUGAGACGUUACCAUUAAGGUCGGGGAAUGACCCUAUUAUUGGAGAGCCAAGUGAUGAUGUCACUUCACAAAAUCAACUCAGAGAACCUAACCGAGGAUCACAGGUUCCAGAAAAUCAUGAUCAAAGGUUAAAGGAAGAUUAUAUUUCAAUACUAGGUGGUAGUAACGAAUCCACUGAGCAUUCAUUUGACAUGCAGUCAUGGUGUGAAGUAACUGGAGGGCCAUCUAAAGAAUGGAUAUAUGGAUUUAGGCGUAGUUAA